AGCCGGAAGUACACGGAGGUAACUUCUCUUCACAUGUGGGCGGGACUUCCGUCGAGGCUUUAAAUUUUUGGUCGUCACCGUUUUUUGACGCUGGACUCAACUGUGUGUGUGUGUGUGUGUGUGUGUGGAGAGAAAGUGGGCUCGCGCUGUGCACGGUCACGAUUAUGUCCAACAGGCUCGGUUAACAGAGAGUUGUCAUGGCUGAAAUCAUCGCCGUCCACGCUGCUUUGCCCUCUCCGUCCACCAUAAACGUCCCCUUCCCGGUCCAGGAGGACGCCGCCGCUGCUGCCUCCUCCUCCUCCUCCUCCACCUCCGCCGCUGCCCCUCCAUCCUCCUCCCUGAGCAGCGAUGACUACCUGUUCGUGGAGGCCAGGCACCCCAACACCGUCCUGCAGGGCCUGAACAGCCUGCGGCUCAACAACGCCUUCUGUGAUGUGACCCUGUGCUGCGGAGGACAGGAGUUCCCCUGUCACCGCAUCGUGCUGGCCUCCUUCAGCUCAUACUUCCAGGCCAUGUUUUCCACUGACCUGAUAGAGUCCAAACAGGAGCGUGUUGCCAUCAAUGGAGUUGAGCCUCAGAUGAUUGGCAUGCUGGUGAGCUACGCCUACACAUCAGAGGUCCAGAUCUCUAAAGCAAAUGUGCAGGCGCUGCUGGCAGCAGCCAAUCUGCUGGACGUGAUGGCGGUUCGAGAGGCCUGUUGUGGUUUCAUGGAGUGUCAGAUGGAUGAGAUGAACUGUGUGGGGAUUCACUGCUUUGCUGAAGCCCAUUCCUGUAAGGUGCUGGAGAGACACAGCAUGGACUACAUUCAUGAGCACUUCAGCACCGUUUCUCGGCAGGAGGAGUUCCUGUCUUUGUGUGUGGACAAACUGACAGAAAUCCUCGCCAGUGAUUUUCUCAAUGUGCCUGAAGAGGAGAUGGUGUUUGAGGCCGCCAUGUCGUGGUUGAAUAAAUGUUCCUCUCGCAAACAGAGCUUUGAAAAGGUCCUUGAACACAUCCGGCUGCCUCUCAUCAGCCCUUACUACCUCCACGAUGUGAUCGAGUCUCUGGACGUGGUGAAGGAGAACCAGGGGUGCCAGAAGCUCAUCUCUGAGGCCAAGGACUACAUGCUGCUGAAGGACCGCCGUGGAGAGCUCUACUGCCCCAGAGCGAGGCCCCGCAGGUCCACAGGGACAGCUGAAGUGAUAGUGACAGUUGGCGGGGAGGACGACAAGGUGGUGCUGCGCAGCGUCGAGAGCUUCGAUCCUGUGACCAAUCAGUGGAAGAACCUCGCCUGCCUGCCCUUCGCUGUGAGCAAACACGGGCUGGUCGUGUCAGACUCCACCCUGUAUUUGGCGGGAGGAGAGUUUCCCGACGGCUCAGCCAGCAGGGAGAUGUGGCGCUACGACCCCUGCUUCGACUCCUGGAUGGAGAUGGCUCCCAUGAAUGUCGCUCGUUCUGAGCUGGGCCUGCUGAUGCUGGACGGCUUCGUGUACGCAGUGGGAGGGUGGGAGGGACGCUCUCGUCUGGACUCGGUGGAGUGCUACAACCCUCACACCAACUCCUGGCAGUUCACCGAGUCUGUCAAGAUGGCCGUCACGAGUCCUGCUGUGGUGGCCCUGGACGGACUGCUCUACGUCACCGGUGGCGCAGUUCUAGAGGACGGGGACGGCACAGACCUCGCUCAGGUGUACAACCCUAAAACCUCUGUAUGGGCAGAGGUCGCCCCCAUGCAGAUCGCUCGCUCUGGUUCAGCUGCGUGCACGCUCAAGGGAAAGAUUUAUGUUAUAGGUGGAUGGCAUGCCUCGACAGAGAACACCGAUAAGGUGGAGUGUUUCAGUCCCAAGACCAAUCAGUGGACCAUGUGCGCCCCCAUGAAAGAGCGACGCUACCGGCCCGGUGCUGCUGUGGUGGACGGAAAGAUCUACGUCCUGGGAGGAGAAGAAGGCUGGGACAGAUAUCACGACACUAUCGAGAGGUACUGUGACGAGACGGACACGUGGGAGAUCGUCGGCGAGAUGCCCACCAGUCGCAGCUGGCUCAGCUGUGUGUCUCUCCAGCUGAGGAAGGACAUCCACAUGAGCAGCUUUCCCGAGACGCCGAAUGAUAUCUGAGCGCUGGUGUCUGAGGAACUCUUUUCGUGGUUAGUCUUUGCACCCUCAGUCGGGGGACGAUGCACUACAAAGCUCAGAGCUGUGAAGCUCAACAGCCAACUGAGAUGAUGCCUGGUUUUGGCACAGCGCUGUGUGAGCUGUUACUGGCGGCGAAGAGUAGUCGGUUUUUAAUCGGUGACUGCUUGUGCAGCGAGUCUCACUUGGAUCCCGUCUUUUGGUGACGAAGGAAACAUCAUACAUGAAUCUAAAGUGACUGAUUGACAACUGAGUCAGCAGUCUAGACCCACUCCCUGUAUGAUGUUUUAAGGUGCUGUUUAAAUGUCCGAGCACCUCAAAUCUUUGAAGGUUUUCUCAGCCAACAAAGUGUAUUUUUGUAUCAUUAUGUGGCGUAUUUAUUUGGUUGUUACUACCUGUGAGAAAAGACUUAAAGAAAUGGUAAACAUUUUGCUCUGUGAAAAGAUGCUCUAUGAGCCAAAAGGACCAACUUGCGGAUAUUUUCAAAGGUCACCUGUAAAAAAGUUGUCUAAACGUGAGCCGUGUUUUUGUAAUUAAACUUUGUAAGUUCCGAAUGAUUGUCUUAACACCUGUAAUAUGUUGAGUAUAUUUUUGUAAUGUAAUGUGCGUCAUGAAUUUCGGUGACUUUAAAUGGAGUGGAUUCUAAUAAAGAUUUU